AUGAGCGUAACUACAGGCGACGACCCCGACGCCGAGCACGACGCCGAGCUGGCCGACAUGGUGGCGGCUAUGAACGUCACUGUGACGUCGGGCUGCGCCGCCGCACCCAGCAACAACGGCUACCGGCCGGCCGGCGCCCGCCGGGCCCGCCUCUCCGACAGGAAGAUGUCCCUGCAGGAGCGCGGCGGACGCAUUGUCAGGCAGCCCACCGUUGAGACCAAGAGGGUCUCCAUCACUGACGCUGAGGACUUUGUGCAGCUGAACCAAUACAAGCUCAAGAAAGAGAUUGGAAAGGGUUCUUACGGUGUGGUGAAACUGGCUUACAAUGAAGACUCUGAACAGUAUUAUGCUAUGAAGGUUGUAUCAAAGAAGAAGCUCAUGAAGCAAUUUGGCUUUCUGCGUCGCAUGGCGCCCCCCCAGCAGGAGGCCUUCCCCAAAGCCUCCAUGCCCCUGGAGAAGAUCUAUCGCGAGAUCGCCAUCCUCAAGAAGCUCCACCACCACAACGUCGUCAAGCUGGUCGAGGUGCUUGACGAUCCCGAUGAAGACGGCCUUCACAUGGCCUUUGAGCUGAUGACCAAAGGGCCCGUGAUGGAGGUGCCCACAGAUGAGCCGCUGACGGAGGAGAAUGCUCGCUUUUACUUCAGAGACCUCGUGCUGGGCAUUGAGUAUCUGCACUACCACAAAAUCAUCCACCGGGACAUCAAACCGUCAAACCUUCUUCUGGGCGACGACGGCCACGUGAAGAUCGCCGACUUUGGCGUGAGUAACGAGUUCGAGGGAGCGGACGCGUUGCUUUCCGGCACGGCCGGCACGCCCGCCUUCAUGGCGCCCGAAACCAUGGAGGAGCACCUGCGAGAGUUCAGCGGGAAGGCGCUGGACGUCUGGGCAAUGGGGGUGACGCUCUACUGCUUCGUCUACGGGAAGUGUCCUUUUUAUGAUGAAUACGUCGUGUCUCUGUACAACAAGAUCAAGAACAAGCCUGUGGAAUUUCCGCUCACCCCUCGGAUCAGUGAGGAACUGCAGCAUCUCAUUGUCAACAUGUUGGACAAAAAACCCCAAAGCAGAAUCACCGUCCCAGAGAUCAAACUCCACCCGUGGGUGACCGAGUCGGGCGCCUCCCCGCUGCCACUGGAAGAGGACCACUGCACGGCCGUGGACGUGACGGACGAGGAAGUUCAGAACAGCGUCACGCUGGUCUCCAGCCUCUCUGCCGUGAUCCUGGUGAAGUCCAUGCUCAGGAAGCGCUCGUUCAGCAAUCCCUUCGAAUGUCAGGCCAGGCGGGCGGAGAGGUCCAUGUCUGCCCCCGGUGGACUUCUCAUUGGUUCUUGGGGUCUUUUGGGGUCUUCGGCUCAGCUUCACCCUUCUUUGAGGACCUCACCCGUCAGGAACACCAGCCGCGACGGCAGCCGGGACGGCGAGCUCGAGGACUUGUACGAAGACGAGGCGUUCGCAGAUAGCACGGUUGCCGCCCAGACCUGACGCUGCCCCCCUUGUGGCAAUUGCUGUGUCGCCAUGGUUUCGUGGGUAGCGCAAAAGAUUCGCCAUGCAAAAAACAAUCUCAGUACAUGCACGCGCUAACGUUAGUGUAAUGGAUUGUUAAAACCUAGAAGAAAUGCUCUGUGAAAAAUAAUUGUUUACAUUUUCCUACAAGAAUAAAAAUGUCAGCUAGCAGCUUUUCGCGUGUGUCCAGUCUUAAACACUAGGUGGCAGUGUUUGUUCUCCCGAGCUAAACGUUUUUAGCCAAAGAGGAAGUGCUAGUGUAGAGAAUUCAUGUGCAUACUGUUGAAUGAAAAAUAAAUA